GCGGGGGGCCGCUCGUGGCGGCAGGCGCAGGCGGCCCGGGGGCGCGGCGCCGGUCGGGGCGGGGCGGCCCAGGCGCGAGCAGCGGGCCCGCAGCCGCGGAGGCGCUGCUCGGGCUGCGGCAGCGGGCGGAGAGCGCGGCGCGGGGCCAGGCCCAGUGGCCGCCGCCGCUGGCGCUGUGGCGGCAGCCCUCGCCGCCGGCAGGUGCGGCGCCCUCCGCGGGCGAGGCGCAGGAGUUGCAGAUGUUCGGCGAGUUCUUCGUGAUCUACUGGGGUAUCGUCGCCGUCGCGCUCUCGGUCUGGGUGUACCACACGUGGGCACAGAGCCGCCACGGGAGCUGCGGCUCGGACUCGGAUGAGCUGCGCUAUGCCCAUUCCACGGUGUCUUUAGCCUUCGUCGAUCAUGGGAACCGCAGAGAGCUCUCCCAGAACAUGUGGAAUUUCUUCGCCGUCGUCGCCCUGGGAAAGGCCCAGAUGCCAGGCAGGCAGCCUGUGUCCUGCCUGGCGGUGGGUAUAUGCAACUUGUUGCUGGGAGCGUUGCAGAUGUUCACUAUCUUUCUUCUUGUCCACGACAUUGACCCAAACGCCGACCCGAUCACAGACACUCCGUCGACGCCGUGGAAGCGCACGACUUGGAGCGUGAAUUGCAUGAAGUGGAUCCAGGUGGCGUUCAUGGCCGCAGCCGUGUCUUCUGAGGUAUCCCAGGCGAUGCAGUUGUUCAAGGUGGUCCUGGUUCUGGACGCCGAGUCGUUCCGGGUGCCCAAGGUCUUCCUGAUGCUCAUGGCGGCGGGGCAGUAUGUCGUGACGCUCUGGGUGCUCUUCGGCGGCGUGGCGGUGGUGCUGAGCUUCCAGGCCGUCCCCGACAUCCUGUACUCCUCCAUGGCCAUCGUCUUCGUGAACAGCAUCGACGAUCUCAUGUACCAGUUCGUGGAGUCGGUGUUCGAUAUCGAUGCGGACUUCCGGCUCCCCGAGUCCCCGGCGCUCGAUCCGAGUCACGAGUGGCUGCAGGAGUGGCUGCCAGUCAUGAGCAGGGUGGUCGCCGUGUUCCCGCUGGCAUUCGCCCUCUUCCUCAUGGGCGAGUCCUGGUACUACAACAUCAUGCCAAAUGCCUGGAUCCGCCAUGUCAUCAAGCAAUGGUGACUGGCCCCCUGGUCCCUCGCCCCCGGAUGCCCGGCACCAUCGUGUGUCGCUGGGUGGAAGACGAGGCGCUUUUUGUCUUUGAUCCUCCGCCUGCCCCUCCUGGCCCGGGCUCGAGGGCACCAUGUAACAAUAUGCGAUAGGAUGCCACGACGCGGACAACAAGAUCUGAGGGCUCUGGCCCCCCCCCCCGCGCAGGCCUCCAAGGGUUCCGCUCCCGGCGGUACCGCACGCUCGCCGCGCCUCGCCUUCUGAAUCCCGACCCCUCCGCCUCACCCUACCCCGACCCCUCUGCGUCCCACUCCCCCUUCCCGUCCUCUCCCCCUCCCGAUUCUGCCACUUCCCCUGGUCUCCUUGGAGCCCAAUCGACGUCCGAGCCCACUCGGCCGGGUGCCGGGCAGUGGUGUGAAUCUGGCGGCCCGCUCGGCAGCCGAAUGGGCUCGAGCCCAUUGGCCCGGUGAGGGGCUCGCAGGGGCUUAGAGCUGACUCGAUGCCAGACCCACUCGAUAGCCGCAUGGACUCG